AUGACUGGAGGAGUAAUAUCUAGCGACAUUCCGUCAUGGUACCAACCAGUCGGAGUAUCACUUGCUCUUAUAUCAGGAUUCUUUAUCGGUGUCAGUCUGAUUCUACAGAAAAAAGGCCUUUUGCAAACUAAAGAUGCCGCCUUGGAACAAGGAAACGAGCACGCUUAUCUCAAGAGUUCUUUAUGGUGGAUCGGCAUGGCUUGCAUGGCCAUGGGUGAAGUAUCUAAUUUUGGUGCAUAUGCAUUCGCGCCUACAAUUCUUGUUACCCCACUUGGAGCCAUCAGCGUUGUUGUCAGUGCAAUUUUAUCCAUUGUGUUUUUAAAAGAAAAACUCAAUUUUUCUGGCACUGCAGGAAUUUGUCUAUGCGUUAUUGGUGCAACCAUUAUUGUGCUACACGGCCCUUCAUCUACUGCAACUGAAACCAUUCCUGCAUUUAUCUACUUUGUAAUGGCUCCAGGGUUUUUAACAUACUCGUGUGUGUCGCUUGUGUUUGUCUUGUACAUGAUUUUUCAUAUUGGCCCUAGAUAUGGCCAUGUUCAUCCAAUCGUGUAUAUUUCAAUCACAUCCAUUGUAGGAUCAUUUCUUGUCAAUGCAGCCCAAGGAUUUGGAUCUUCGUUUGUAUACAGUUUGCGACACUGGGAAGCUGAUAAUCAAUUCGUACAAUGGCCCAUCUACCCACUUUUUGUGUUUAUUGUCAUUACUGUGAUUAUCCAGGUCAAUUAUCUCAACAAGUCUCUAUCCUAUUUUUCGACAUCCAUUGUUACUCCAGUCUACUUUGUGUUUUUCUCUAGUGCUACACUCACAACAUCAGCAGUACUAUAUCAAGGUUUCAAUGUCGCUACAGUGAUUGAUGGAAUCUCAAUCAUACUUGGAUUUGUAGUGAUUGUGAUUGGUGUGUCGUUGUUG